UUUCUCUAUUUGACCUCUUAGGACUUGGCUGCUAUGCCAGAUCUCUGUGUCUCACCUGACUAUUGUUUUGCCGCUUCUUAUCUUGUGGAACUAUAGAAGCAAAGUAGCAGAGCAUUUGGACAGUCAAUGUUUCACUGUUUUAAGACGUGCCUGUCACAGACCUCAGCCAGCAGAGCUUGACUGGAAGAACAAAAGGGAACUAGCAGAAAGCUGGUCCCAGUCUUCCUUACAGCUGCUGCACUCAGAGAAAGAAAAGAAUCUGAACAGGGAGGGCUAGAGAGAAAAGAAGGGAAAGUGUCCCUGAAGAAAGUUCCUAAAAUGGAAGAAGCGGGAAAUAAUGGGACAUUGGAUCCUGUCUGUUCUGCAAAUGAACGUCCACACUCCCAAGUAAUAUUAGAAAGCCUUGAUUUGACAGGAAUAUUGCUCUUUGCUAUCCUGACUUUAAUGACACUGACUGCUGACCUGGUGUUUGUGGAGGAAGUCUUCUAUAUCUACCGCAAAAUCCCACCCUCCAAAAGAUCCAUUUUUAUUUGGAUAAAUGCAGCUGCUCCAGUGAUUGCCACUACAUCAUGUAUUGGGAUGUGGAUUCCUCGUUCAACAAUGUUUACAGAUUUUACUGCAGCAGUAUUUUUUGCUAUCGUCAUCCACAAGUUCCUGCUCAUGAUGAUUAAAGAAUGUGGGGGUCAAAAACUAUUCCUCAGGCACUUCGAGAACGACCACUUCAAGAUAAGCACAGGCCCUUGCUGCUGCUGCUGCCUUUGCCUCCCACAUAUACGCAUCAAUAGGCAAACACUAUUUUUACUGAAGCUGGGGACUUUCCAGUUUGCAUUCCUCCGCCCCGUGCUAAUGUUUCUAUCAAUAGUACUUUGGACCAAUGGAAACUACAGUCCCUCUGAUUUAUCUCCCAACGGAGCUGCCAUAUGGAUUAACUGCUUCAUAGGUGUCCUUACUAUCAUUGCCCUGUGGCCAAUCGGAAUCAUGUUUCAACGAGUCCGCACUCUCCUUAACUGCAAGAAGAUUAUCCCUAAAUUUGCACUUUAUCAGUUUGCCCUCAUUUUGAGUCAGCUCCAGGCAACCAUCAUCAACAUAUUGGCUAUGCAAGGGGUAAUUGCUUGUGUGCCUCCACUUUCUUCUUCAGCAAGAGGAGCAUAUAUGGACCAACAGCUGCUCAUUAUGGAAAUGUUUCUCAUAACUCUGAUCUCACGAGUCGUCUACAGGAAAAGAAACGAUGACCUGGAGCUUCCAGUGGUUUCAGACCAGGAAACUAAGGGAAACAAACAGGACAGCAGGAUCAGUGUGGAGGGCAACAUUUUUUAAAAACAGAAACUGAUACAAAAAUGUGGUGGACUGAAUUUAAGACUGUGAAAACGAGAAACAGAGAAAGUGAGACUGGCAGAUCCAUCCAUCCUUAUUCUGUUCUAUCAUCUUCAAGUCUGAAGAAUGAUCAGCUAUACACCUCCUUUUAAAAUCACAGUCUUGGCUGCUCCAUAAUAGCACUGGAGGAAUAGAAGUAUUGAGUAUUGAGUUUUUCUGCAGCUGGAUCCUAAGUAUGGAUACUCAGAAAUAGGUCCCAUUAAGUUCAGUGGCACUUACUCCCAAGUAAGUGUGUGUAAGAUUACAACCUUGAUCCCCUCCCUUCGCUUUUUGGCUGAAAUCACUUAGAUGAAUAUUUGAUCUCUUCCACAUAACCCUAUCACAUUCAGCUAGCAAAGGGAGUGAGCUAAUUGUUAAAUUCAGUUCAACAAGUUCCUCAUUAAGAACAAAUUACCCGAGUUUGAAAUCUGCUAAUUUUCCAAUCAGGGUGAGUGUUUGCACUUGUGAUUUGGAAAUAAUUACCACAAUGUAUAACAUCUGAACCUAUGUGGAGGCUAAUGAGAGAGGGAUUCAUUUCUUUGGGAUUAGAAAAAGAGCUGAAGUGAUUUAGGUUGCUGUAUAGCUUCUUUCAUGAAAUACACAUGUGAGCCUCUCGUAUGCUCGAGAACUUU